UGGAAACACGACGCUUUCUUGGACGUUUCCAGAGCAACAUCAGAAGAAGCGUGUUCUUUGUGGUGGUUAUAUUGACCAAUAACAAUCCUUUCCUUUUUUGUUAGCUGAGAGGCAGGGUUAUCUUAUUGAAGGUAUAGGAGUUUUCAUCAUGGUCGUUCUUCAUGUCAAGCGAGGCGAUGAAAGCCAGUUUCUCCUUGAAACUACUGUGCAGUCACCAAUUGAAGAUGUUGUUAGCAGAACUGUGAUGAUACAUAAUGGCAGACUCAAAGUGUAUAGAAUUUGUAGUGCAAUGGAAAUGCUUGCCGAACAUGGAAUAUCUCUACCCCCUGAAAUGCAUGGUCUCACCGAUGAUCAGGUUGAAGAACUCAAACUCAAGGACGAGUUUUCAGAGUCAUGUGUUCCGAGUGGAGGUGUCAGUGAUAAUAAAGAUCCAUGUGGAAGGAGAAAUGGGCAUCGACCAACGGAAAAAAUGCAAGAGGUGUUGCAAAAGACCAUUGCAGAAGCUAAGGGUAUCAUUUCAAAAGAGUUAGUCAAGAGCAACACAUGCCUCACAGAACAGCACAUAUGUGACGCAAUUGACAUCCUGAGAGGAGCCAUCAUGAUCGCCUACCCCAUGAACCUCCCUCCAUACGACCCGAUCAGAGAGGAGUUUGAGAAUCGUGAGGAGUUGAAAGGAACCCAAGAUCAUAAGAUGGUUCUCGAUCCAUCAAUAACACAGCUUUGGUUUGCUGGGAAGGAAAUGCUGUGUGGGAAGAAACUACUAGACUACGUUGGUAAAAAUGAAAAGUCAAAGGUGAUUGUAAAGAUUCAGCGUCGAGGUCAAGGGGCACCAGGCAGGGAGCCCCUUCUGUCGGAGGAAGAGCGCAAAAACCUCAUGAUGGCUGAAUUCCACAGGCGAGAAGAAUUAAAGAAAUUGGAGGCGGAGGAUGACUCGUACCUCAAUUCUCCCUGGGCAGACAAUCGGCAACUCCAGAAGUCAUUCCAAGGAUUGGCCAACAUCUCUUGGAAGCCACACUGACAACGAUCUUUUUAAUCUUGUUUUAUAUCUUGACUACGUGGUAUAAUUUUCUCAGUUUUCUUUAGUUUGUUUACUUGAUACUUGUUUUAUAUCUUGACUACGUGGUAUAAUUUUCUCAGUUUUCUUUAGUUUGUUUACUUGAUACUUGUUUUAUAUUGGGAAAUUACAUUUAAAUGACAAUUACAAUAAUUAGCUAAAAAAUGCAGAGGAAGUGGUAACAGAAAUUAACAUCUGAAGCCUGCUGGUUAUAUUUAUUGAGUAUGCAGUCUUAAUUAAAAUAUGUGCUUUUUAUGCUUUAUACGAAAGAAAAUUUUAAUUAUUGAAAUUUUUCUGCAGCAUCAACAUCUAAGGUCACUAGCAGCAUGUUCAAAAUAUAGCAACAGGGUGAGACCUGGGGGUGAAGCCCCCAGGUAAGGAAGUUCUUUCUUACCAAUAAAGCGAUGUUUGUGGAUUUCUAGAAUGGUUAAUGGUCAAAACAAAUGUGCCAGACAUCAAAGGUCAUAUACCAUUAUGAUAAAUUAUUGUGGCAAAAAGGUUAAAAAUUAGGAAAUGACUGGGAUACAUGGACAGAAGAACCCCCCCCCCCCUCACCCACCCCAAAGUCCCUUGCUCGUUGUUAGUGUGGGGCUUAGAAGGUGGAGACUGAAGCCCAAUGUAGGACUUACCCCACCUUGGACCACAGCCCUCACACCUCAACCAAGUUAUCAGGAUCUUUUAUUCUCCUUUCCUUUUCAUUCUCUUCUUCAUCCCCUUCUUCUGUCCACUUAUCCAAAUGGUUAAGCCAUGUUUACCCCCUUUUUACCUGCAUACUUUACCAUAAUGCUGUGUAACCUUUGAUGCCUGGUACAUUUUUGACCACUGACCAUUCUGGAAAUCCAUAUACAUUGCAUUACUGAGUAACGCAAUGUUUAUGGAGGCAGUGGCAAAAAGACCAUGUAAAAGUAGUAGAGGCAAGGGUGGAGGAGCAAGGUAUGAGUGAUGCCCGUACCAUUGGGCCUUAGUCCCCGUCUCCUAAGCCUUGCCACGACAAUGAGCAAGGGAUUAAGGGUACUAAAGAGAAGGCAUUAUCUGAAUUGAGGAUUGUAAUAUAAAGCCAAUAGUCAUUCCCCAUAGCUUGCUUUUCGUUAGUUUUUUUUUCUAUAUUACAAAUAUCAUUUUUCACAUUGUAUAUUUAUUAGAACAAAUAAAGUUGAAAUCCA